AUGGACCAGGCCUUUUGGAACUGCUUCUUGCUCUCUGGGGAGCAAGUCCUAAGAAAAAGCCUUGAAAUGCCUUUACUACACCCGGUGGAAGGGGUAACAUCGGCCAGUCCUAACAGUCUUCGUCCCCGUCGAGCCCCCUUGACAAUGAUGCACCCUUCGACCUUAAGCGAGUGCCACCAAGAUUUCUUCUGGCGGUGCAGUAGCAAAAGUGUGGCAAAGGGCGAGUAUCUGGCGCCGUAA